AGAGCCGGAGACAGCGAACCGCCCGCCCCCGGCCGCAGCCCCGCCAGGGCCCUCCCCCGGCGGCGCGCACUCGCGCGCGCACACACUUGCACACCUUUCCUGCGCUCCUGCCCAGCCUCGCCUGGCCCCCGUUGAAGCACCCCUGGGGGCCCGAUGCCAUGGGUAACAACUUCUCCAGUGUCGCCUCUCUGCAACGAGGAAACCAGAGCCGCGCGUCGCGGGGCCAUCCCCAGAACCUCAAAGACUCCAUCGGGGGCUCCUUCCCGGUCACCUCUCACCGAUGCCAUCACAAGCAGAAGCACUGUCCACCUGUGCUGUCAGCUGGGGGGCUCCCGGCCACGCCGCUGCUCUUCCACCCCCACACUAAGGGCUCCCAGAUCCUCAUGGACCUCAGCCACAAGGCCGUCAAGAGACAAGCCAGCUUCUGCAAUGCCAUCACCUUCAGUAACCGCCCAGUGCUUAUCUACGAGCAAGUCAGGCUGAAGAUCACCAAGAAGCAAUGUUGCUGGAGCGGGGCCCUGCGACUUGGCUUCACCAGCAAGGACCCUUCCCGCAUCCACCCCGACUCGCUGCCCAAGUACGCCUGUCCUGACCUGGUGUCUCAGAGUGGCUUCUGGGCCAAAGCUUUGCCCGAAGAGUUUGCCAACGAGGGCAACAUCAUUGCCUUCUGGGUAGACAAGAAGGGCCGUGUCUUCUACCGCAUCAACGACUCAGCCGCCAUGCUUUUCUUCAAUGGGGUCCGAACUGCUGACCCGCUCUGGGCCCUGGUGGAUGUCUACGGCCUCACGCGGGGUGUCCAGCUGCUUGACAGCGAGCUGGUGCUGCCCGACUGCCUGCGGCCGCGCUCCUUCACCGCGCUCCGGCGGCCGUCCCUGCGGUGCGAGGCGGACGAUGCGCGCCUGUCCGUGAGCCUGUGCGACCUCAACGUGCCGGGAACUGACGGCGACGAUGGCGCACCGCCAUCCGGCUGCCCGAUCCCACCGCGCCUGGAGCACGGGCGCGACGAGCGCGCACUCGUCUUCACCAGCCGGCCGGUGCGCGUGGCCGAGACCAUUUUCAUCAAGGUCACGCGCUCGGGCGGUGCGCGAGCUGGAGCGCUGUUCUUCGGCGUCACCACGUGCGACCCUGGCACGCUGCGGCCGGCCGACUUGCCCUUCAGCCCCGAGGCCCUAGUGGACCGCAAGGAGUUCUGGGCGGUGUGCCGAGUGCCCGGGCCUCUGCACAGUGGCGACAUCCUGGGCCUGGUGGUCAACGCCGACGGUGAGCUGCACCUGAGUCACAACGGCGCGGCGACCGGCAUGCAACUGUGCGUGGACGCCUCACAGCCCCUCUGGAUGCUCUUCAGCCUGCAUGGCGCCAUCACGCAGGUCCGCAUCCUCGGCUCCACCAUCACGGCUGAAAGGGGCGGCCCAUCUCUCCCCUGCUCACCUGCUUCCACUCCAACCUCUCCCAAUGCCCUGGGCAGCCGCCUCUCUGAUCCCCUGCUCAGCACCUGCAGUUCCGGGCCUCUGGGUGGCUCUACUGGCGGGACGGCCCCCAACUCACCUGUGAGCCUGCCCGAGUCACCAGUGACCCCAGGUUUGGGCCAGUGGAGUGACGAGUGCACCAUUUGCUAUGAACACGCAGUGGACACAGUCAUCUACACGUGUGGCCACAUGUGCCUCUGCUACGCCUGUGGCCUGCGCCUCAAGAAGGCCCUGCACGCCUGCUGCCCCAUCUGCCGCCGCCCCAUCAAGGACAUCAUCAAGACCUACCGCAGCUCCUAGCCCAUGGCCCACCGCAGAGCCCACCCGCACGCCCACUUCCGCAGACUUCAGCCCAGCAACAGCGAAGGGCAAAGCCAACAGGGUCCCUUCUACGUUUUCAAAACUCUUCCUCCUUUUCCAUUAAACAUGGGAAACCAAGGUCCCUGGAGGUUUGGGCUGAGAGGGUCUGAGGCAAGGAGCGGGGUGCAGGGGGGGCACAAGCAGCACAUAAUGAGUGGAGGGGAGGAGAGAAGGCUACCCCACAACCUCCCUCUUUACCCAGGUUUCUGCAUGGUGAGGGGCUGAAGCCGAGUCUCAGCCUGUUGCCAUCCCUCACGAUCUAGGCAGAUUUCCAAGCUGUGCUGCCCGUGUGGCACCUUGGAGAGAGCGAACAUGUAGCUUCCCCCGGGGCAGCUCGGGAAGAGGCCCGUGGACUCCUCUCACCCUGGGCAGAUGCAAACUGCAUGUGCUGUCUCUUUUUCCUUACCCAGAGUGGGUAAACAGACAGGCUGCAGAAGAUUCCAGGUCCUAGGUCCUAGGUCCUUGACCUUGUGCCAACCUGCCGUGUUCAGGAUCUCUCCUUGCCAUAACUUGCACCAAUCAUCUCACUGGUGCCGUUGCCUAGGGUGCCCUUAAGUAUAGGCUGAGGUGGACCUUACUGUUGUCAGGGUCUCAAAGAACAGGUCCACAGCCACCCCUAAGGCCUGUCCUCCCUCAUCUCAGUGCCCGCCCUGGCCUGAUUCUGUCAUCGUGUGCCCAGGAGGGACAGGAGCCCUCAGUGGGGUGGGGGUUUCCUGGGCUAUGGACAGCCCUUUUCCUUAUUUUAAUUUAUUUAUUUAUUUGGUUUGUGAGUUUUGUUUGUGGGUUGAUUCCAACCUGGGGGCUCUUAAAAAUGCUACUGUUGGGGGGGUUCCCGGGUGAAGGGCGGCAGAAAGCGGUCACCUAGAAUCCCCCAGGCCCUCACACAAGGCUCAUGGGCAGUCCUGCUCUUAGGUGGAACUCCAAACUGAGGCCUCCCAAGAGGUGGAUAAGCCUCUCUUGGAUGGCGGACAUUGGCAUCCACCCAUGCCCUUCCUCCCUGGGUAGGAGCUAAGUUAAUGUAGUUGGUUCAAGGGCAUCGGCACUCCAGGAGUUUACUCUGUAAAGACAUCAAAAGUUCUGGAAGGUUGGCGAAGGUUAUUGACAUGUGGGCCAGGGACCAGAAUGGAGAUCUUUGUUAGAAGGGUGGAUCCCGAAGGCUGGGCUCCUAGCCCUGCUAAGCGAGUGUCCACCACUGCUGCUCUCCCUGCCUGCUCAGGGUUUCUGUGGAGCCUUAGCCUAGGCUUGUCCAGCCCUUGGCCCUUAGAUGAUGGCUGGUUUUAUACCCUCAGAGAUGGCUUCUGCCUUUGACAGGCAGGGUCUUGAGCUCUGUGCUGGCCACUGGCCAAUUCUAUGGCCCCGGCCAGAGGUUACCCUCCAAACCACAGCUUCCCCUGUGUAAAGUGGUUUGGGGGUGGAACACUCUUCAUGCGGUUCCUGGGAGUUCUUCUGGGGUGUCUCAGGGGGAAACAUACUGGGGAGGCAUUGCGAGGGGGAUGCCAGGGAGGACAUCUGCCUGCACUGCCCUUGCAGGGACCUGGGGAAGCUGUGCCACCCUGGGUCUCGUCUCUUCAGUCACUCGACCCGGUAGACCCUUUCUGUGAAAGCAGACUGGAGCUGGUAAGUUGCCCCCAUCCAGCUGGGGGUCAUCUGAGAGAUGGAGAAAGUCCAAGCACUGGGCUGUCUGGCUGGAGGUGGGAAAAGAAGCCAUCGUCCAUUCUGCUAGUACAGAGGUAGCACUGCCUCCUUUGUGAACUGGGUCACUGUGUCUGUGAAUAAAGGUGAUUUUGUAUCAGC